AUGGGCGCCGAGGCGGCCGCGUUCAACGACCUCGCCGAUCGUGAGGUCUCCACUUCUAGCCAUGAGCAGACGGAAAGUGAAGAAGCGACCGAGAAGGCAGAAGGGCUGGAAGAAGUCGAGAGCCACCAGUCCGAGCACGACGGCGAAUCCCCCGGCGACGAUCGAAGCGGCGACAACGCCAAGCUCGAGAAAGGGCCGCCGCUCAAUCACCGCGAUCCCCACCUGGUCACCUGGCAGGGCACCAACGACCCCGAGAACCCCAAGAACUGGCCGCAGAAGAAGAAGUGGGCGGCGGUGAUUGUCGUGUCGUCUUUCACUUUCAUCAGUCCGCUCGCAAGUACCCUCGUCGCCCCGGCGUUACCUCAAAUCGCCCGCGACUUGAACAUCCACGGCACGACUCUCGAGAACAUGGUUCUGUCGAUCUUCAUCCUCGCCUACGCCAUCGGGCCAAUGAUUCUGGGUCCUCUCAGCGAAGUGUUUGGCAGAGUACCCGUCUUGCAGCUAGCGAAUGUGUUUUUUAUCAUCUUCAACCUGGUGUGUGGGUUCGCGCAGACUAUUCCGGAGAUCCUCGUCUUUCGCUUUCUUGCUGGACUGGGAGGUUCGGCGCCGCUCGGUGUUGGUGGUGGUGUGCUGGCUGAUCUGUUCCCUCCCGAACAAAGGGGCAAGGCCAUUGCUAUUUACUCGGUUGCGCCCCUCUUGGGGCCUGCACUCGGUCCGGUCGUUGGCGGCUUCAUCGCAGAAUACUCGACAUGGCGCUGGGCCUUUUGGGCGGUGUCGAUUACAUGCGUUCCGAUUCAAAUUUCUGGACUCUUCUUCCUGCAAGAAACGUGGGCUCCGAAAUUGCUCGCGAAGAAAGUGAAGAAGCUGAGAAAGGAAACCGGCAACGAGCUCCUGCACGCCGAGCUCGUGGUCGAGUCUCUCUUCCACAAGAUCGAGCACAGCCUCGUCCGACCCUUCAAGCUUCUGUCGACGCAGCCAAUCAUCAUGGUCAUGAGCCUUUACAUGGCCUACCUCUACGGCCUCGUCUACCUCGUCAUCACCUCCUUCUCCACCCUCUACACAUCGCCCAAAUACUACCACGAAUCCGUUGGCAUCUCUGGCUUGCACUACAUCGCCUUAGGACUAGGAUACUUCGUUGGCGCGCAAGUCUCAGCGCGCGCGAACGAUUGGAUGUACCGUCGACUAAAGGCGCGCAAUAAUGGAGUCGGCCGGCCGGAGUUCCGUGUCCCUAUGCUGAUUCCCUGCGCCGUACUGCUUCCCAUCGGCUUGCUGUGGUACGGAUGGAGCGCGCAAGGGCGGGUGUUUUGGUUGAUGCCGGACAUUGGCGCGGGGAUCCUCGCAGCAGCCACCAUCACUGGGUAUCAAGGCAUCCAAAGCUACGUCAUCGACAGCUACACCAAGUACGCGGCCAGCGCCAUCGCCGCCAUCUCCUUCAUCCGGAGCAUAGCGGGUUUCGGCUUUCCGCUCUUCGCGCCCGCUCUUUACAAUGGGCUGGGCUAUGGCUUUGGGAAUACGGUUCUCGCUGGGGUGGCGAUUGUCAUUGGGGUUCCGGCGCCGUGGAUCUUCUGGCGGUAUGGAGAGCGGUUAAGAGCGAGGAGCCAGUAUGCUGCUGGUGGAGGAUAG